AUGAGGACCAGGAAGCUGCUCUAUCCCAUCGAAAAGGUCUGGGUGGACAAGCAUAAGUACGACGAGGCCGAGAGGCUUCACUACGAGCGAGAAGCAGCUUUAGCCGCCUCGGCUGCCCGGCCUGGCCAAGAGCUGGUCGCCGUCAACGGUUUCUGCCACGAGGAGCGUGCCGAGGAAGAGUUGCAGGCUGAGCUGCGGCGGGCAGGGAGCGGCAAGAAGCAGAAAAAAAGGAAGUGUUCCCCCAAAGCCAGGUCUUGGGACCCCCAAAUAGAUCCCGUCUUGGUGGGGCUGCUGGCUGACCACGUGUGGUUUGACAAGCCGCGCUUUGACCAAGCGGAAUCGGCCUACCACGUCAAGCUUGCCGACUCGUUGCCCACUCUGCCCUCGCUCGGCAGAGACCUGCCCGUCUUGCGCUGCAACCAUGGUGGCCUCACGGCAUGCCACCACGUUGUCCAGGACGUGUGGCUCAACAAAUUCCACUUUGACGACGCAGAGAAGGUCUUUGUCGAACGGUCGCAACUUCUGACGCUCCCCUACUUGCUGCAUCCACCCUCGGUUCUGAAGCUAGCCAGUGCCGGGCCCGUCACGCCGGACGAGGGCUACGUGACGGCCUUGGCUACUCCUUCCACCCCAACGGUGAACGGCAAACCUCCGGGCUCGGGUUUGCGAGCUCUGCUGUCCGAAGUUUGGCUGGAGAAGCCGAUUUACGACGACGCCGAGCGGUGCUUCUACGCCAACAUGUUUGAUGGCCACCCUCCCGGAAAGGUGAGGCUGCAGGAGCGGGGCCACGCGGAUCUCUCCAGAAAGGGCCGGAAAGAGAAGAAGAGCCGGAAUAGCCUAAGGAAGCAGCCGCCGGGCAAGCGGGGGAACACCACCGCCGCUGGGGCUCCGAUGCCCCAGGAAAUUUCAGGAGCUGCACCACCACAACCUCACGCCUGGCACUUUAUGCACCCGGACACGGAAUCUUUGUGGUUCAGCAAACCCACAUAUGACAAUGCAGAAGCCGCCUUCUACGCCUCCCUUGCCCAAGAAGAGGCCACCAGACUGUCUGAAGCCACGCAAGCCGCAGCCACCCAGCCCACCGCCCAGCCUCCGAGCGCACCAGAGCCUGAAUCUAAGUAGGAAAAGAAAAUGGCAAGCCACUUCCUCAUGCACGAGAAGAUCUGGUUCGACAAAUUCAAAUACGACGAUGCUGAGAAGCGGUACUACGAGCAGCUGAACGGUCCGGCCCGCAGCUCUGCCUGCCAGAAGAACGGCGCCAGCACCAUCCUGCGCGACAUUGCCAGAGCCAGGGAGAAUAUCCAGAAGUCACUCGCCGGACAGUCGGGACCAGGAGCUGACUCAGGACCAGCCGGAGACCAAAUCGAGGUGGCCACCAGGAUUGCCAACCUGGAGGCAGAAAACCAACAGCUGCGUAGCGUGGUCACAAACCUCCAAGUGGCGAUCUCCAAACUGGAGUGCCGUCUGAGCGUGCUGGAAAGGGCAUCGGCUUCCCAUCAUCCUUCCCUUCCCUCCACAAAACACGUCACUCCCAUGAAGAAAGUGGAGCCCCUGGCCCUGCCCUGCAAGAAGGUGGUACUCCCUGCGGCCUCACGUGAAGACGAUGAGAUCGACCUGUUUGGCAGCGACGACGAAGAGGAAGACCAAGAAGCUGCCCGCCUUCGGGAAGAGCGGCUAAAGCAGUACGCAGAGAAGAAGUCGAAGAAGCCGGGCCUGAUUGCCAAGUCCUCCAUCCUUCUGGAUGUCAAGCCGUGGGACGACGAAACGGACAUGGCCAAAAUGGAGGAAUGUGUCCGGUCUGUUCAGAUGGAUGGCCUCGUCUGGGGCGCUUCCAAGCUGGUCCCGGUGGGCUACGGCAUCAAGAAACUCCAGAUCCAGUGUGUGGUGGAGGAUGACAAAGUCGGGACAGAUAUCCUGGAAGAGGAGAUUACCAAAUUUGAAGAUUAUGUGCAGAGUGUUGACAUAGCUGCUUUCAACAAGAUCUAACGGCAGACCUUUUACCCUUUCUAAAGCUAAUAAAUGGUUAAGAGUUGGAGAGCAA